AAAUGUAAGAAGACGCCUUUGCCACUCACGGCUCCUGUAGGGACUCUUGGAGAUAAUGGUGCGUGUGCUCACAGUGCCCGUCUUAAGCAUGGCCUUUCUCACAGCCCUCAGUAUUCCUCUUGCGCUGACUAAGUGAGGAUAGUCGACAAAAGCCCGUAGCUGCAAAGGAUGCGGAGAUUAACAGGUUGGUGCUACCUCAAAGUUUGAGGAAAAUGUCCGAAGAUGUACUGCCGAUAUCAUUCUUUUUUCGGAUAUAUCGUUUUUUUCUUUUAGCACCAGGACAGUUAUUUGUCUUAAAUCUGUAAAUGCAGCCACGAAUAUGAACAGGUGCGUAAUUAUCAUAACACGAGUUUUGGUGACAUCCCCCUACUCUGCGAGUUUCGAAUCAGACAGUGUACUCCGAUGAACACGGGAGCGCGAGGUAGUAUCUGCGCUGUUUGUUAAUGGCACUGCGCGCCGGGAGGACUUGGUUUGGGCAGGUCUUGCGCAGAGUCUCGCGGUUGCAAGGCUCGUGGUCUCGGCGCUCGAGCAGUCUCUUGUGUCUCUCCUCGAACCAGGACCAGGAUUCAGGGACCUGUUACCGAGACCUUAACCGCAACCGGUGCCCCGGCGCUCACCUCCCGCCGCACCACCAGCACGCCAGGAUCUGCCCAUAUCUGUCCUAUCGCUGUCAGAGCUUUCCCGAGUGCUGCGCCUUUCCGGGGGAAUCGAGGGGACAUGAGCCCCUCACACACCGGUUCCUGGUGGCCAUGAAGCGGCAGAACGUGCGGACUCUGUCCCUGAUCAUCUGCACGUUCACCUAUCUGCUGGUUGGGGCCGCGGUGUUCGAUGCGCUCGAGUCGGAUUUUGAGAUGAGGGAGAAGGAGCAGCUCGAGGCUGAGGAGAAGCGUCUCCAGGGGAAGUACAACAUCAGCGAGGACGACUACAGGAAGCUGGAGACCAUUAUAAUGGAGGCCGAACCGCACCGAGCCGGGGUUCAGUGGAAAUUUGCGGGUUCUUUUUACUUUGCCAUCACAGUCAUCACGACCAUAGGGUACGGGCACGCGGCGCCAGGCACGGAUGCGGGGAAGGCCUUCUGCAUGUUCUACGCCGUGUUGGGCAUCCCUCUGACGCUGGUGAUGUUCCAGAGCCUGGGCGAGCGCAUGAACACCUUCGUCAAGUACCUGCUCAAGCGCAUCAAGAAGUGCUGUGGCAUGCGCAUCACAGAGGUCUCCAUGGAGAACAUGGUGACGGUGGGCUUCUUCUCCUGCAUGGGUACCCUGUGCAUCGGCGCGGCCGCCUUCUCCCACUACGAAGACUGGAGCUUCUUCCAGUCGUACUACUACUGCUUCAUCACGCUCACCACCAUCGGCUUCGGCGACUUUGUGGCCCUGCAGAAGAACCGGGCGCUGCAGAGGAAGCCCCUCUACGUGGCCUUCAGCUUCAUGUAUAUCCUGGUGGGGCUGACGGUGAUCGGCGCCUUCCUGAACCUGGUCGUGCUGCGCUUCCUCACCAUGAACAGCGAGGACGAGCGGCGCGAUGCCGAGGAGCGCGCCUCGCUGGCCGGGAACUGGAGCAGCACCGUCGUGCAUGUCCAGGAGGGGGCGCCUGCGAGGGGCCGGCAGGAGAGGCGGGAGCAGCAGCCGCGCUUCAGGUCGGAGGUGGCCGACCUGCAGUCCGUGUGCUCGUGCAUGCGCUACCGCUCGCACGAGUUCGGGAGCUCAGCCGCGCUUGCGCUGCGGCCCGACGGAGGGGGAGGGGGAGGAGGAGGAGGAGGAGGAGGAAGAGGGGGAGGAGGAAGAGGAGGUGUGGGGGUGGGUGGAAGGGUGUUCUCACACCAGAACUCCUUCAGCUGCCAGCUGAGCCCACCCCAGUACUUUCACUCUGCGGUUACGUACCGUAUCGAAGAAAUCUCACCCAGCACGCUGAAGAACAGCUUCCUGCCCUCCCCCAUCAGCUCCGUGUCGCCCGGCCUGCACAGCUACACGGACAACCUGCGCCUGAUGAGGCGACGCAAGUCCGUCUGAACACACUGGACCCCCAGCCUUG